AGAGACAGAGAGACAGAGAGAGAGAGAGAGAGACACAGAGAGAGAGACACAGAGACAGACAGAAGGCCAGGUUCAGUUCCGGAGCAGUCACAGGAUGGAGAGCAUCCAAGCAGGCCCACAGAACCCCAUUAGUCCAGCCUCUUGUCAGAGCAAACAGGCCCAGGAGGCGGUGCCGUCCCCUGUGCCUCCAUCCCCCUCUCCUGGGGGAAAUGGGCUGAGGCCUAACCAGUAAGGACAGCUCUGGGAGAGGAGCUCCUGCAGGGGGUGCUGCUCCCCGCAGUGGCCAAGGGCCAGAGGGAGGGUUCAAAGGCAGGUGGAGAGGAGUCUGGACGGGCUUCCUGGAUGUGAGCAGGGCCUGGCCGGGCUGCUGUGCUCACGGAGCCUCCUGCGCAGGGGCUGACCGAGGGCCGGCUGGACGGGACCAUGUCGGAGCUGAUGGUGGAGGCCAGGCCCAAGCCGGCGGUGCCCGUGAAGCCGGUGGGCAUCAGCUCCAACCUCCUGGGCUACAUCGGCAUCGACACCAUCAUCGAGCAGAUGAGGAAGAAGACCAUGAAGACGGGCUUUGACUUCAACAUCAUGGUUGUGGGUCAGAGCGGGCUGGGCAAGUCCACCCUCAUCAACACCCUUUUCAAAUCGCAAGUGAGCCGGAAGUCCGCGAGCUGGAAUCGCGAGGAGAAGAUCCCCAAAACGGUGGAGAUCAAGGCCAUCGGCCACGUGAUCGAGGAGGGCGGAGUCAAGAUGAAGCUGACAGUCAUCGACACGCCAGGCUUUGGAGACCAGAUCAACAAUGAGAACUGCUGGGAGCCCAUCGAGAAGUACAUCAACGAGCAGUAUGAGAAGUUCCUGAAGGAAGAGGUGAACAUCGCCAGGAAGAAGCGCAUCCCAGACACACGCGUGCACUGCUGCCUCUACUUCAUCUCUCCCACCGGACACUCGCUCAGGCCUCUGGACCUGGAGUUCAUGAAGCACCUCAGCAAGGUGGUGAACAUCGUCCCCAUCAUUGCCAAGGCCGACACCAUGACCCUGGAGGAGAAGAUGGAGUUCAAGCAGAGGGUCCGGAAGGAGCUCGAGGUGCACGGCAUCGAGUUUUACCCUCAGAAGGAGUUCGAUGAGGACCUGGAGGACAAGACAGAGAACGACAAGAUCAGGCAGGAGAGCAUGCCCUUCGCCGUGGUCGGGAGCGACAAGGAAUACCAGGUCAAUGGCAAGAGGGUCCUGGGGAGGAAGACCCCGUGGGGAAUCGUCGAAGUGGAGAACCUGAGCCACUGCGAGUUCGCCCUGCUGCGAGACUUCGUCAUCCGGACCCACCUGCAGGACCUCAAGGAAGUCACCCACAACAUCCACUACGAGACCUACCGGGCCCGGAGGCUCAAUGACAACGGCGGCCUCCCUCCGGCACCUCCUCCAUCCAAUGUCACGUCCUCCCAGGGCUUGGGGAAAUAAAGCCCGGACUCGCUAGAGUGAGCAGGUCAGUGGGAAGGAGGCCGGAGGCCGGAGCCCGGAGCUUCCGGCUGCCCGCUCGCCCUCUCCCCCGGCCUCCGCUCGGAGGCCCCCUUAGGUGGAGCUGCCGCCGAGCCCGGGCAGGGCCGCGACCCUGGUGCCCAUGGCGAGCCGGCCCGGCCUGGGCCAGCAGAGCAGGCAGCUCUAGAGAGGACAAUCGGGGCUGGGGGAGGGGGCGGCGGCCGCGGGGGAGGGGGCUUCGGGCUCACCCGCUCUCCUCCCCCCGCAGGGAGAAGGCGUCCUUCCAGCAGGGCCAGCCUCCCCCUGCCCCCCCCCCCACCGCCGACUGAAGGGCCUUCCCGGGCUGGCCUCCUCCCCUUCGUCCCCCCCAGCCACGCUCCCCGUGCUCCUCUCGUCCAGCCAACUGCCCGCUGCCACGCUCUGCUCCCGCAGGAGGAAGAGGGGGCCGCGUGCCUGUCCUGCCCCCCAGCGCCAAAGCCCCUCCAUGUCCCACCCAAGUGUGACCCUCAGGGCCGCUGUCCGGUGGGCUUGGCUGGGCGAGAAGGCCGGGAGGAGACGUGGCCAGACAGUUGCGUUUUGUUUUUCUCUUCCUCCUUAACUGUAACGUUUAAGAAAAAAGAAAGCCCGUUAGGACCCGAGAGAUGUGAACCCCCGCCCAGGCCUGCCCCGACCCCCCAUUAAUGUGAGUGACGAACACGCUGUGUCUCCUGGGAGCGUCCUGCCCUCGGCGGGCCCGGACAGAUUCGGGCCGGCUGCCUUCCGGGGCGACCCCAAGCCAACGACCCCACACCGGUGGCCAGACUGUAACUUUCUAUGUAUUGUUUAAUCCAACAAGACUUUGUGUUUGAACAA